CGCUCACACUGAUAUAUUACUUUAGAUAAAAUAAAAAAAAAAUUCUGUAAUAUCAGUUAAUCCUUGUCGGUACCAUGGCACGAGGAGAAGGAGCGGAACAAUGUGCUGCGAGUUUACUGUCAGUGAAACCGAUCAACAUCGAGAUCAAGACUGUGAAGCCAAAGGAGAGAAGAAACCGUCUGUCUGUGUGGAGUAAACUGUGCUAUGCCUUUGGUGGAGCCCCCUACCAAAUCACAGGCAGCGCUCUGGGCUUCUUUCUCCAGAUCUACCUCCUGGAUGUGGCACAGCUGGAUGCCUUCUAUGCCUCUAUCAUCCUCUUUGUGGGCCGGGCCUGGGACGCCAUCACAGACCCGACCGUGGGUUUCCUGGUGAGCCGGAGUCGGUGGACGGGUAUCGGACGCAUGAUGCCCUGGAUCCUUUUCUCCACUCCCUUCGCGGUGCUGACUUACCUGAUGAUCUGGUACGUUCCUCCGUUUGAAGACGGGAAGGUCAUCUGGUACCUGAUCUUUUACUGCCUCUUCCAGUCCAUGCAGACGUGCUUCCACGUGCCGUACUCGGCCCUCACCAUGUUCAUCAGCAGCGACCAGAAAGAGCGGGACUCCGCCACCGCCUACCGUAUGAUGGUGGAGGUGAUGGGCAUGGUGCUGGGCACCGCCAUCCAGGGCCAGAUCGUCGGCGGGGCCUCCCCCUGUCCCGACGAGCUGACUCUCCUUAACGGCACCAACUCGACGGGACUCGACAUGAACGGAGGGUCGCUGGACGAGACGAAACAAGCCUACAUGGUUGCUUCGGGAGUCAUUUGCGCCAUCUACGUCGUUUGUGCCGCAGUCCUGUUUUUGGGUGUGAAGGAGCAGAAAGAGAGUGGGUGGAAGAAUUCCGAGGCGCUCACCUUCACUCAGGGCCUGUGUGCCGUCAUGAGUCACGGGCCGUACGUCAAACUGGUCGUCGGCUUCCUCUUCACCUCCCUGGCCUUCAUGCUCCUGGAGGGAAACUUUGCCCUUUUUAUCACCUACGCUCUGGGCCACAGGAAGGACUUCCAGAACAUCCUCCUGGUCAUCAUGCUCUCCGGGGCUCUCACCAUCCCGUUCUGGCAGUGGUUUCUCACCCGGUUCGGGAAGAAGAUGGCGGUUUACGUCGGCAUCUUGUGGGCCGUUCCCUUCAUGAUCCUGAUCGUGUCCAUCCAGAGCCAUUUGUUCAUUUCCUACAUGGUGUCGGUGGCGGCGGGCGUGAGCGUGGCUGCAGCCUUCCUUCUGCCCUGGUCGAUGCUUCCGGAUGUUGUCGACGACUUCAAAGUGAAAAAUCCAAACAUCCACGGACACGAAGCCCUCUUCUACUCUUUCUACGUGUUCUUCAUCAAGUUCGCCUCGGGGGUGUCUCUGGGCGUCUCCACGCUCAGUUUGAAAUUUGCCGGCUACGUGACCGGAGAGUGCUCGCAGCCCGAGGCGGUGAGUUUAACCCUGAAGGUGCUGGUCUCGCCGGUCCCCGUGGUCCUCAUCGCCGUGGGGCUGCUGAUUCUCAGGACGUACCCCAUCGAUGAGGAGCGGCGGCAAGGCAACCGCAAGCUGCUGCAGGAAAUGAUAGACUUGGAGUCAGACUCGGACACUGAAUCCUCGGACCUCGGCAGCCAGGUGUAGCGGUGGAUUCAAACCGCCCACUGCUGCUUUUCCAUGUUUGCACAGGGUAUUGAGGGACCAGACAUCAUCCUAGCUAAACAGAGGAGGGACCACAGACCACGUCCACCACAUCAGCAUCCACACGCGGGUUCUUGGCGCCCCCUCUUGGUGGGACCGGGUCACGUCUCGCUCAGAUUGAACUGCAUUAACAGAAGCUAGACGGCUGGCGCUCAGUCCAAAAUCUUGUUUUUUGUCAGUGAGGCCAAAGUCCCGGGUCAGCUCCUCUUCUCACUGCUCUGCUCACAUCCUGCUUCUCUUAUGUCGUUUAUCUGACGUGACGUGAAGCUGCUUUCCAGUGGCCGCAGGGCUCAGAAUAACCCGGGACCAUGUGACAUUCUCAGAAAUAAACACGUUGUAGUGUUAAAAUUCAUCCAGACAACAGCGAGGAAACGUGCAGUGAACGUAGAAGAACAACAGUGUGGUUCUUUUAUGGUUUCCACUUGAAAUUUUGAGAUCUGAGCGAACUGGAAAGCAGCAGAAAUGUACUGAGGAUUGUAACCACUACAGCUCAGCUGCUCUGGUGGAUGAGCGGCAGGCGCUGAUGUUAACUUUCACUCAAAGAAAACUGUUUUUUUUCCAAAGACGUGUUGCUUUAUUGUUUACCCUGAUGUUCCUGCAGCCGUCUGGUUGUAUGUUCCAACUCCAGCUCGGCUCUUUUGGCACAAAAGUAUUCAUCCAGCUACUUUUUGUGUCCCAUUUCCUGCGUGACGGCGCUGCAUCCUCAAACCCUGCUUAGAGUUCUUGUUUUUUGUUUUUUUGUUUUUUUGUUUAUUGCAGUAGUGAUGUAUUGAAAACAAGUAUUUAUUCGUUGGUUUACAAGAGCUGACCAUCUCUUGCACUGCCCGGAGUGCGAGGUCACCUUUGGAUGUUUACCACGACUCUGAAGGAAAUGUCUAUUAUUACCAGCUCUCAUUUCUGAAGGGCUCACCAGCACAAGUCCUCUGAUUGGAGUUCGAUGGAGCUUUGCUACAUUUUCUACACGUCUGUUUUUUCUACACAUGUCACAAAGACACUGAAAACUCUUUAAGUGUACUUGAAUUUUCUUUCUGAAAGGGGAGAAAAAGGUGUUUUGUGUGGUACGGCGCGAUGCAGGUGAACUUGAAUCACUGCCUUAGAAACGCCUCCCGCCUUUGUGGUGAGAUCCGUUUCCCGUUUCGGGCCGAGUUCUCACGGCGAGAUCGAGUGAAGUCCUUCCGGUCUGAAGAGGCUGGACGCUUUAACUAUUUAUUGAAAGAGACUAUCGAAGGGAUUAUCAGUUGUCUUUUCACAAGCUAAAUUAUUUAUUAACAAUGAUUGAAAGAUUACUGUAGACUGUGUGACCAUGUAGUUUUUGACUUCAAUGGAAAUUCUCAGAAUAUCUGAGUGUUUUUUUUUUUUCCUUUUUUUGGGGGGAAAAGCAGAGGUUUAUGUGCAGAUUUGCCACUAGGAUUCGUCCUAGUUGACUUGAUCUCACUUGAAAUGUUCAGAUUUAAAACAGAAAAUCGACCCGGUAGAUCCCGUUUGCUCUUUACUUGAUUUCUAUUCAUUUCAUUGGGGCCUUGAAAUUGAAAAUUGCACUGAAUGAAGAAAGAAGAACGGCACAUUUCAUCUCCUUGUGUGUCCUCGGUGUUCAUACGCUGCUGUGUGUAUAAAGUGUAAAUAUCUUUCUGGUCUUUGAUGAGCAAUAUGUGAAAUCAGUGAAGGAAAGGAAUCAAUGUGUUGUACAUUUGUAAUUUGAAGUUUGUGAAUAAAGUU